CGGGAGGAAAGGGUGGGGUCGAGCGGGAGUCCAGGGCUCCGCGGAAGAGGCCAGCGGAACACACCCUGUACCGGAGUCCUGGGUGGCAGUGGACAAGGCAGGGGCAAGCAGGCGCACCCCGCCGGGGAUUGCAAAUGAGAGGAAGCAGCAGGAUUUAGACAUUGGGGACCGAGGUGUCUGGUGAGCAGGCCCUGCCCCUCUUUGCAGCCCGGCCUUGGGGACGGGGUCCAGGCUGCUGGGGGCGGUGGUAGCUUGGAGGGUGCUUAGCCUUCAGGGGGUAGCAGGUGGGCUGGGGUGGAAGGAUGUAGUUUCCAGCCACCUCAAAGUCAGCCCACUGGAGAUUAGGGGUCAGUGUUGUGCAGGUUGGCAGAGAACAAGCCCCCAAUGGGUGGCAGGUCAGGUGACGGGGACCGUUGGGGAAAUGACAGCUUGAGGGUAGUGUGGCCUCGGUCACCUCUCCUGAGUGUAUGGGUAAUUCCUGACUUCUGAGAGUGGGGUGCGUUUUGUCUAGAGCAGAGCUGACCUUGCCUGGGGUCUCAUGGCUAGGCUAGGCUGGCCUUGGGGUUUGUCCUCAAGGGUUCCCCCACCUCACCCCCCAGUCACACUCAGCCCUGGGCUCGGAGAUGCCAGAUGUUCUAACACUUCAGCUGACCUUUUGGCUGGAAUUUUAUGCCCUAGGGAAAUGCAGGUUCCUGGAGGAGCAUUUCUUUAAGUCUUCUCAGUAACGUGUGCUUCAGUGGAAAUUAAGUUUUAGACUUUUUUCAGAGUGGCUUUUAUUGACUGAGGGCUUCUGGAGGAGUCGGUCUGAAGGGCAGGGUGGGAGUGAGGCCAGGCUGGCUUGGGGUGCCAGAGCGCCCUGCCUGGGAGGUUUGGCCACAGGUUUGCAGGCCAGAGGAGGGAGCAGGGGCUGGCCGUCUUGACCUCUGCCUCGUGUCCACAACCUGGAGUUUGGGCCCAGGGGAAGGACUGCAGCAGCCUGGACCUCUUUCCCCUUCCUGACUGGCUUUCAACCUGAGUGGGUGGUCCAGGGCACCGUGCUGGAUUCGGGCUAUCUGGGCCGUCUCCACGAGGUGGACUCAGCCUCAGGGGAGAGGAGGAAGAAGGAUGACCCAGCCCCAGCUCUGGUCCAGCCUUUGGGAUGGGGAGGAGGGCUGUGGGGACAGCGUCUUGAUCCGGCCUCUGGGAUCCCCUCCACCUUCUAGAGGUGCCCUGAGCCAUCACUCCCAUCCCACCCCAAAGGGCUGUCUCUGUCCCAUCUGCGUGUGUCCCCAGGUGGGCGGAGGCCAGGCCAGAAGUCUGGAAGCACGGGCUUUGCUGAGACCCGCCCCUCCCCCACACACCUUUGAUUGGGAGGCGAUUGGCUGCACUUGUGCUGAGUUCAGGCCUUCUGCGGAGGGUGAAAUCUGUCGAGGAGGCACUUUUCUGUGUGAUCUCUUCAGGAAGUCACCGCUGUGCUCAGCAUUUGGGGGUGGAGGGAGCAUGGCGGUGGGAAAAGCUGGUGCCAGGGCUUUUCCUUCGGGCUGACAGCAGUAGGGCCCAGGGUAGUGUCCCUGCCCCCCAGCUGGUGCUCUGCUGUGAGGACCUGGCCUCCAGCUCUGGUCUGCCCAUCCUGUGCUUUGGAAGAACCGGCUGCUGGAGACUCAGGCCUGCCAGAGACCCUGGGUGGCCUGGCUGUGGGCAGACGCCUCUGGCCUCCUUGCCUGGGGCAGGCUGGGCGAGGUGGGGUCCACCCUGGAGCCCACUUGUGCAUCCAUCUCCCGGCCACACUUGAGCUCCUGGCGAGGGUAAGAGGGACGACUGAGCUAGAAUGGGCUGAGGGAAGCCUGCAGUCUGUCUAGCCCCCCAGCCACUUCUCUCCCUGAAUCUAACCUGGAGAGCAGGGGGCAGAGUGGGUGGGGGUGCAGCCUCGCUUUAGGGUGUGGUGGCAGCUCUCUGAGCCAGGAAUCCCAGGACUAGGUGUGCAAAAAUGUUCUUGGCAGGGCUUCAGGAAGCAGAAAGUGAGGUGGGGUGUGAGAAGCGUGACUGAGUGGAUGGGAAGGGACCCCUUUGUUUUUGUUCCCUGCCCUGUGGGUACUGACCGCAGCAGAGGGGGCCGAGCAGGCCCGGAUGGCUAAGUGUGGGCGCUCUUGUGAAAUACCCCGGACAGGGAGGCCAGGGGCACGAGGUGCUGCAAGCCAAAGCCGCAGCUUGGUUACUCCAUCAGCAGCAGAGGUGCACCGAGGGCCACAGUGUCUGCCACCUGGAGCGUGAGGCACUCACGCCAGAGCUAGCGGUCACUCUUCAAAAGUGCCUGCGUGCUGUGCCCCCGGGUUAUGACGACCCCCAAUAAAGGAAACAAGGCCUUGAAGGUGAAGCGGGAGCCGGGCGAGAAUGGCACCAGCCUGACCGAUGAGGAGCUGGUGACCAUGUCGGUGCGGGAGCUGAACCAGCACCUGCGCGGCCUGUCCAAGGAAGAGAUCAUGCAGCUGAAGCAGCGGCGGCGCACGCUCAAGAACCGCGGCUACGCCGCCAGCUGCCGCGUGAAGCGGGUGACGCAGAAGGAGGAGCUGGAGAAGCAGAAGGCGGAGCUGCAGCAGGAGGUGGAGAAGCUGGCCUCGGAGAACGCCAGCAUGAAGCUGGAGCUGGACGCGCUGCGCUCCAAGUACGAGGCCCUGCAGAACUUCGCCAGGACCGUGGCCCGCAGCCCCGUGGCGCCAGCUCGGGGCCCCCUUGCUGCCGGCCUGGGGCCCCUCGUCCCGGGCAAGGUGGCCGCCACCAGCGUCAUCACAAUAGUAAAGUCCAAGACGGACGCCCGGUCGUAGGGACGCGCGCUUGCCCAGGCGGGUCUUCGAGGGGCCGUUAGGCGCGUGGCAAAUUCGGCAGCCCUGACCCCUUCCUCCUCUCCUCACCCCCCCUUUCCUACCUCCUCCCUUCCCUGCAAAGCACAACCUGCACCCCAGGGGCGCCGGGCUGAGCCCCUUGAUCUCGUCGUUGUCAUCGUGUGUUUUGUACGUUGGGAUUGGUCAGUUCGGUGGUGACGUGGGGUCGCCCCAGCCCCCUUUAUACCAAGGCCAUGCGGGCUCGGAGUCCGGAGCUAGCCCUGUGGGAGUGGACAGAAGGACGAGGCGAGAGCUCGGGGCCCCGGACCGAGCGGGAGGGCUUGGAGGCAGGAGGGGCUGCGCUGGCAGGCGCCGGGUGGCUCACCUGCAGCUCGGCCAGCGGGCACAGACGGGCACUGCUCUGAGAAGUAGGGUGUUCCUGAGGGCCCUGGACAGGCGGGCAACAGCCUGGGUGCUGGGGGCGGGGGUGUCAUGGCCGUGGGCCCGGGGCCUCGCGCCCUCGCCUGAUGCGUUGCACUGAACAAGACCAAAUCACUGGUUGUGAGCGUACGUGGAGGGUGUGUCCAGUGUCCUGCGGUGGGUCCCGUGUCACUGUUUACAUGACCUAUUUGUGUGGUUACAUAGCCCUUUAUUUAAAAGAGAGAAGUUCCUUUUACGAAGUUAUUAAAUUAUAUGUUUAAAAGCUAAAGAAAAAAAAAGAGCUGCAGAGUAUUUAUAAAACUGUCUUUUUAAAAAAAAGCAAGAACAUUUGACCAUAUAAAUGAAAAAGGGAAGAAGGUAUAAUAGAAACUGCUAGUUUAAAAAAGGAAAAAAAAAAAACAAAAACAAAAAUCCCUUUCUUGUAAACUUACAGACAAGUCUUUGUGGCUGUUGAAGUUUAGUUUUUAUAUACACAGAGUUAUCAGAUGUUAUUUAUAAAACUUAGUUUAAAAAAAGACAAAAAAAAAAAAAAAAAAGCCGAGCCGCGAGCCCGGAAGGCGCGUCCUGACGUCCUCUUCGCUCUCUCUUUUGCAAUUGUACCGAAAGUGACUUACUCCUCUGCCCUUCCUGCUUCCGUCUCCGCCGGUGCAGUGGUGUCGUCCGUGCCUGGUGAGGUCUUGUGCAGCGUCAAGUGCUGGUGCUUCUGGUGACCUUUGACCUGUGGGUGUCACUUCUCGUGUCUGUUUUCCCGUGUUCGUUUUUGGAUUUGGUUGUGUUUUGCUUCCGCUGGCUUGCCUGGCUCAGGCUGGGUGCCAGGCGGUACCUGCUGCAGCAGAGCUUGGCGGGGGGCGGUGGCGGGGGGACCCGUGCCCACCAGCCCGGCCUCUUCUGCCUCAGCACCUGCCCCAAGCCUCCGGGUCAGACUCGGGGCUGGCCGCACCCACCCCUCCUGACCCCUGGCUUCGCACACGUGUCUCGGGCUUGGGCUGAUCCAGUGGCAGGGUGGGUGACACUGUGGCCAUCUCGGGACUCCCACUGCUUCCAUGCCCAUGCCUCUGGCCCUGGGUGGGGGCUUUGCAGGGACCGAGGAGUCACUGUGGGUGCCCGCGGGGCCACAGCCAAGCCGCCCCCAGUCUUCCUUCUGAACGUGUCCGGUCAGCGUUCUCAGGCCCUGGCCGCAGCCCAACUUCGUUCCUCCAGGCUUCCCUUGAGCCUCAGCAGGGGAAGCCCAGACCCACUUAUCCUGGACUGUCUCUGUGCUGCGGGGCCGUGCUCCCUAGGCAGAGCCAGGUGGCUUCGGGGGCCACUUGGGGCGGCCCCUCUGCCUGCCCAAAGGCCUAGGGGUCUCCACCAGUGCCAGACAAGGGCUACAAUCUCUAGGGCCGGGUCCUGUCCCUCCUGUCCCCCAGAACUUGCUGGCAGCUCCCAGCUUGGGCCUUCUUCCACCUCCCUUCGGAUCUGUGUCUUCCAGAGGCCUGCUGCUUGGCCUGUAGCGGUGCACCUCUCGGGGCUGUGCCCGCCUCUCGGCGAGGCAGCCAGUCUCCCAGACUUGGCUUGGGCAGCUCCUCGUUGGCUCAUGACGGGGGCUGCCUGUGGUGCCCCCGCCUGCCCCCAGAGGCUAGUGCUCUGUUUCAGCCACGUGGGCCUUGGCCUCUCCUCGGGGUUGCUGGUUGGCUUCACUGGGGACCCUGACCCCCCGAACAGCACAGAAGUGGAACGGUGCGGCCUGACGGUGUUUAACCUCGUGGGCAACAGGAUUUUUGUCCCAGAGUUUGACCUAGUAUGUCACAUGGGAUGGGAGCAGAACACCCUGUCAACCUCUGUCAUCUCAGUGGGCUGCCGUGGGCCCAGAUGCUCAGCGGUUCCGAGUUGUGCCUGGGUCAGCCUGCAGUGAGAGUCUGACCGUUGACUCCAGAUCACGUAGUGGCUUCCCCGCCCCCAGUCUGCCGCUGUCUCCCGGGCUCCAGACUGGAGUUGGUGAUAGCUGUAGCCGCAGUGAGUUGCAGUCUCAUGUAACAGUCCCUAAAGAGAGGCCACGUUCUGACCUGGCUGGGCGGUAGUUGUCGUGUCUGCACAGCCCUACCCGGCUGUAGACCUGGAGCGUGGAGAGAGGAGGUGGGUGGGGACGGCCACAGGAGGGUUUGAAUGGAGCGUGAGCUGAGCAGGGAUUGUAGGUCCUUGGUUUGGUUUACAGAAGAAGCUUCUGGAGUUAGUAAGGCCGUGGUUCCUUUCAAGGUUUAGGGGGUUUAGAGCAACUGAUCCUUGGGUCUGGGGGAGCAUCCUGCGGGGCCACUCCCCCCCUUUCCCCUUCACCUUGGUUCCUUGACAGUAGAUUCUGUGUCCACCUGUGACUGGUUGGCGUGUUUCUGAUUCUCGUUAAUGUGGUUCCUGCGAUGAGGGUGUUGUGCCCCCGCCUUUCUGACACAGCGAGUCGAGGGCUCGGCCAGAGCCGAGUCUCCCAAAUUUGUCCGCUAAGUAAGCCACACUACCUUGCCCCCGCCCAGCUCCUCCCUUAUCCCAGCGUGGACACUCAGAUUUCAGAGAACCUGUGGGAGUAAGUCAGCUCCUUCCCAGAGUGUGGCCCCAGGCAGAACUCCCCACGGCCCCUGGCCGCUGCUCUGGGUGGCACUGCCCUGGCACAGGUGAGAACAUGUGGCUGCUCCCUGGCAGCUGGGGGUAUGCUGGUUUCCGACGGGAACUUUUCUCUUGGUCCGUGCUCUGGUCUGUGUGCGCAGCCCUGACCGUCAGCAGCAGCCUCGGUGGUCACUGCCUGGGCCCACAGCUCUGAUCAGCUGCAGCCUGUUUUGCGACUGGUAGUCAAGCCCCACCCGCUCCCUGUUGCCUCCAUCUCUGGGGUGGCCGGUUGGUCAAAGCUCCCGUCCACAGCUGGGAAGCCUGAGCCACAGCCUGUAGCACUGUUUCCGCUCUGGGAUCUUGUAAGUUACUUUUUUAGGCUGUGGUUUGGUGAAAGGAACCAACACAUUAACGAUUUUUUUCCCCAGAAGCCACUGAAUAAUUUCUUUUUGGCGCGUUUUUGCCUUCCUGUUGGCUUUCUGGUUUUGGAGACGGGAAGAGAGUGGAGAACACACAGAGGCAGGGGUAUGCCCUCGAAGUUGAUGGCCGGUCCUGCUUCUGGCCUGUAUGUCCUGGGUGUGUGCUCUACCUGUUGGGCCAAUCGCACACAUCUGCACCCCACCCUGGAGCAGGAGCCUUGACUGUGGGUGUCCCCGGUGAACUAUGAGGAGAGACCCUUCCAGCAACCUCGUGUCCCAGCCCUUCCCUCCUUCCCAUCUCCUCAAUUUGCUAGUCCCGGAAGCCUUUAAACAAACGGGAGUGGGUACAGAAAGCCUUCUCCUGGCAUCUUAGGGCAACAGGACAAGGGCUGCCCAGUGCGUCCAACUCUGCUGCUCUGGCGCUGAGAGGGUGGGUCCGAGCAGAGUUGAUCAGACGCUGCCUGCCCCGCCUAGGGCUGAAGCCAGGGGAAGGUGGGGGUAUCCUGGGAUCUGCCCGGGUGGCGGGGAUUGUUGAAGGUCCAGGUUGGGGGAUGGGGGGAGAGGUCCUCGCUGGGGCGGCCGACCUUGGCACCCACCCUGCCCUGCGCAGUAUUUAUUGCUAAAUUAUUGUCCAGGAGGGGCGGCACUGGGCCGGGCCCCGGGUAUUUAUUGCUGUAUAUAGUGUAUGUUUGUGAUAUAUAAGGUUUUCUUUAUUUUGUAUAUGAUCAAUAAACACCUUUUAAAGAGA